ACUCAGUCGGGUGUUUGCGGCGCCAGCCCUUUAACUCUCGAAGGGGCCAUGUGGCGCCUUCGGGAGUUAGACUUCUGCUGGGUUCGCAGCUCAGGCAGCCAGGAGCAGCUCUUCCCUGCUUUAAAGGCAGGGAAGACCCGCUGCUGGCCGCGCAGCGAACACAGUGGCCCUUUAACUCCCGAACGCGGCCGCUGCGCCCGCUCGGGAGCUAAACCAGUACCCCUGCGUCUGACGCAGGGGGCGUGUCGGGGCCGGGAAUCACGGCCCCUGAUUGGGCGCGGCCCAACCCGGUCGCCCAAUAGUAGCUCCGCCCCAUUUCAGCGCUUAUCCUCCCCUCUCGGCCGCCUCCGCUCACUUCGGCUCUCUUCGGAGUAACUCGCGAAUUCGCGGGGUGUCCUGCGGCGCGCUAAAGUGAACAGCUCCCUGCCUUCGACACCGCUCGGACAUUUCCGAUCGUAUUCUACAGUCGCCAUUUUUUCCGGCCAUUCUCGUGUUUACUCGGCUAUUUCCGGUUCCGUUCGGGCGAUUCCGGCUCCGCUCGGGCCUCGGGGAAGCUGCCGCAGCAGCAACAGCAGCCACCGCGGAAUGGAAGAACCUCAGAGCGUGCAGGAGGUGGGUGCUCCCCCUGGCCCAGACCCUGCUAGAGAUGCUGACCCCAAAGAGAUCAUCCAAAGCCUGCAGACCCAGUUGGCAGCUGCCUUGGCUGAAGCAGAGACUGUCCGGGCUGUGGCUGCUGUGAGCGAAAGCACCAAACAUGAGGCUGUGGAGUCCAUCCGGCGUAGGUGCCAGGAGGAAGUGGCUUCCCUGCAGGCCAUCUUGAAAGACACCAUUUCCAACUAUGAGAUGCGUCUCUCUGCUCGGGAACGAGACGGCCGGGAGACUGCAUGGAGCCGUCUGCUGCCAAGGCCCAGCCCUGUGGACUCUUUGGAGAAACAGAUGGAAAAGGCUCAGGAGGACACUCAGCGGCUCCGGGCCAUUGUGCUGCCCAUGGAGCAGGAAAUUGCUGAACUGAAGGGGAAGUUGGCCCAUGCGGAGGGGCUGGUUCAGAAGCUGCAGGGUGAGCAGCGCUCCUUGUGUAGUUCGCCUGAAUCCCUGCUCACUGACCCUGAGGCUGCACCUGCUGAUGAACCUGGAGAGGAUCAUGUUACUUCAGGGGAAGGAGGAGUGGCUGAGAAAUUUGCCCGUGGCCUUGACAGUGUCUCUAUUGCCUCUUUUUCCUCCUUGGCACCAAGUCCUGGGCCUCCCGUCCGGCGUAGACGGCCCCCGAGCCCUGAGACUGCAUCCAUUGCCUCCUCCACCGGGACCCUCGUUCCUGAGACCAUUUACCUACCACCCGCUGGGUACCAGCUGGUGCCUGACUCAGAGUGGGCACAACUCCAUAGCCAGGUGCAGCAGCAGCGUGAGGCACUGGAAGAGGCAGCCCGGGUAAAGGGCAGCCUGGAGGAGGCACUGAGACGCAGCAAUGAUGAAUGUAGCAAGCAGGUCCAAGUUCUUCUGGCUCAGAUCCAGACCUCGGAGCGUCUUCUCCAGGGUCUCCAAACCACCAUGAACGAAACCCAGCGUCAGACCCGAGAGCAGAUGGCUGAUCUGGCCGCAUCUCACAAGCGCCUGAGUUACGAAGUGCAGCGUCUCAAUGCUGAGAAUGAGGGGCUGCGUGGGGUUGGAACUCAAGGCCCCAGCCCAGCUGAGGAGGAGGACAAGAGCUUGCCUGGCACAGUCCAGGAGUUGCAGACCUUGGUGCGCCAGCUGAGACAGGAAGCAGCCUCGCAGCUGCGGGCUGCAGAACACCAGGCUGAGCGUCUGCGAAUUGAGAUUGUAUCACUGCGAGAGCAGCUGGACCAAGAGGAAGUAUCUCGGUCAGAACUGCAGGGGGCGCUGGAGAGAGAACAAGAGGAAAGAGAGCUCUUGCAAGCCUCCCUGAACAGCAUCCAAAGUGAGAUGGAGAGAUUGCAGCAAGGGCAGGAAGAGGUGAACAGAAUCCAAAUGCAGUCUGAUGUUCCCCCUCUUGGAGAAGCCUGUAGCCUUCAGGAUGGGACAGAGCCUUAGACUGAAGAUGGGGAUCUGUGACCUGCCCUUCCUCCCCUCCCCAGCACCACGGGGACCUCAGGGAAACUGUGGCCUUCCAGGCACCAAAGGAGUCGUCUCUAUCUUCCAGAGCCUUUCCAGAUCCCUCUUUACAGGGUUAGGAGAGCGAGAACUCUAGAGGUAGGAUGGCUGGAAUCUCCCAUCCAGCACCCCCCACCCAACAACCUGACUACUGACACGAGCCUCCAGACCACAAUAAAGAAGAUUUUUGUACCUGC